UCACCUUUCAAUUGAUGAUCCUACGUUGCGGGAUAUAAGUGAAACAAUUUUCAGAGGACGGGUGUAUGUGCAAUUAACCCAAGUAUACAUUGCACAACCGGGGCCAAAGUUCCAGGGCCUACUGGUUCGAGGAGUUCAGCCUUUCCAUGGUUUGGUUGCUUCUUUGGCGAUGGAGGAUUUGCAGAGAGCGCUAUCUGAACGAGGUUUAACAGUUUCAACUCUCCCAGAUAAAGGCCGCUGUCUCUUAACCUUAAGAGAUUUCUCUCCAGGAAAUGUAAUUUUAAGUGAAGAACCUUAUGUCUCUGUACCAAAUAAAGCUUCUCGUGACUCAAGAUGUGAUUGGUGUUUCAUGACAAGUAACCUUAAGAAAUGCUCAGCUUGUCACGUUGUAUGGUACUGCGGGAGCACAUGCCAGAUGUCAGAUUGGAAGCUGCAUCGUCUUGAAUGCAGAGCUCUCUCUAAGCUUGACAAAGAAAGACAAAAAUCUCUUACACCUUCCAUACGUUUGAUGGUGAAACUUUGCAUACGGAGGAAAUUGCAAAUUGACAAGGUAAUCCCAAUUACAGCAACAGAUAACUACAACCUGGUUGAGGCUUUGGUAUCUCAUAUGUCUGAGCUCGAUGAGAAGCAACUGGUGUUGUAUGCACAGAUGGCUAACCUUGUAACCUUGAUACUUGAGUGGCCUGACAUCAGUAUAAAAGAGAUAGCAGGAAAUUUUUCUAAGCUUGCCUGCAAUGCGCAUACUAUUUGUGACAGUGAACUGAGACCUCUAGGAACAGGACUUUAUCCUGUCGUUUCCAUUAUCAACCACAGUUGCUUGCCCAAUGCUGUUCUGGCAUUUGAAGGAAGAUUGGCAGUGAUCCGUGCUGUGCAACAUAUACCUAAAGAUACCGAGGUGUUGAUAAGCUACAUAGAAACAGCUGGAAGCACGAUGACUCGGCAAAAGGCUCUCAAAGAACAAUAUUUUUUCUCUUGCACUUGUCCCCGUUGUGCAAAAGUGGGCCAACUUGAAGAUAUUCAAGAGAGUGCUGUUCUGGAAGGUUACAGAUGCAAGGAUAUCAGAUGCAAUGGUUUCUUGCUGCGUGAUUCUGGAUUCAUAUGCCAAGAGUGUGGGCUUGUUAGGGACAAAGAAGAAAUAAGGAAGAUUGCCAGUGAAGUAAAGUUAUUGUCAGAAAAAGCUUCCGAGUUACUUGUCUCAGGGUAUAAGAUGGAAGCAAGUGAUACAUAUAAGGCAUUUGAGAAACUCCAACAGAAGCUGUGCCAUCCAUACUCGAUCGAUCUGAUGCGAACUCGAGAAACUCUUUUAAAGAUACUUAUGGAGCUGCAAAAUUGGAAGGAUGCUCUGGCAUAUUGCAAAUUGACCAUUCCAGUUUAUGAAAGAGUAUAUCCAGGGUUCCAUCCAUUGCUUGGACUACAAUAUUAUACUUGCGGGAAACUUGAGUGGUUGCUUGGGGAUACAGAGAAUGCAAUGAAAUCGCUGACCAAGGCAGUUGAUGUACUGCGAAUUAGUCACGGAACAAAUACAUCUUUCAUGAAGGAACUCCUGACUAAGGUAGAGGAAGCACGGGCUGAAGCUUCUUACAAGCUCUUAUCUGAGACAGAUCCAGCAAUGGAUGGCUAGCGAAAUUUACCUUCAUAUAGUCUCUGAAAGACAAUAUCGUUUAACAAAAAUUGCUGCUGGCAGGUACAAAGAGGAAAGAAGACGCUAAGAAAUUUACUUUUCUUGCACACUUGGGUUGUAAGUUGUAAUGGAAUAGGUGAGGUAAACAGCAAAAUGCUUUGGUUAUUUUCUUCUGUCAUUCUCGUGUGAGCUCACUGUUGCUUCACAUUGUUUCAAGUUUUAUGAAUGGAAAUAUCUUGGAACUUGAGAACAUAUUUAAUGCUGCCUAAAAAAAAAGCCUAC